AUGCAGGUGCCCAGCCCCAGUGCGCGCGAGGCCGCCUCCAUGUACGGCACCAUGGUGGCCGUCUUCCUGGUCAUCCUGGUGGCCGCACUGCAGGGCUCGGAGCCCUCCGAGAGCCCCUGGCCCCACCGCGUCCCCCUGGACCCCGAGGGCACCCUGGAGCUGGCCUGGAACGUCAGCUACCCGCAGGAGACGGUCCACUUCCGGCUCCUGGUGCGGCAGCCCGGGGCCGGCGUGCUGUUCGGGAUGUCGGACCGCGGCGAGCUGCAGAACGCUGACCUGGUCGUGCUCUGGACGGACGGGGCCACCACCUAUUUCGGGGACGCCUGGAGUGACCAGCAGGGGCAGGUCCACCUGGAUGCCCAGCAGGACUACCAGCUGCUGCAGGCCCAGAGGACCCCGGAGGGCCUGUCCCUGCUCUUCCGGAGGCCCUUCAGCACCUGCGACCCGCGGGACUACCUCAUCGAGGACGACACGGUCCACCUGGUGUACGGGUUCCUGGAGCAGCCGCUGCCGUCGCUGGAGGCCCUCAACACCUCGGGCCUGCGCACCGGGCUGCAGAGGGUGCAGCUGCUGAAGCCCGACAUCCCCACGCCGGCCCUGCCCGCCGACACCAGGGCCAGGGAGAUCCGCGUGCCCAACGUGACCGUGCCCCCCGAGACCACCACCUACUGGUGCCACAUGGCCCUGCUUCCCGAGGGCUUCUCCCAGCACCACAUCGUCAUGUACGAGCCCGUCAUCACCGCGGGCAACGAGGCCCUGGUGCACCACAUGGAGGUCUUCCAGUGCUCCGCGGAGGUGGAGGAGUCCCACUACAGCGGGCCCUGCGACUCCAAGAUGAAACCCCAGCGGCUGAACCACUGCCGCCACGUGCUGGCCGCCUGGGCCCUGGGCGCCGAGCCCUUUUACUACCCGGAGGAAGCCGGCCUUGCCUUUGGGGGCCCCGGGUCCUCCCGGUUCCUCCGCCUGGAGGUCCACUACCACAACCCGCUGAAGAUCCGAGGCCGCAGGGACUCCUCGGGCAUCCGCCUGCACUACACGGCCACUCUGCGGCGCUUCCACGCGGGCAUCAUGGAGCUGGGCCUGGUGUACACGCCCGUGAUGGCCAUCCCCCCCAAGGAGACGGCGUUCGUCCUCACCGGCUACUGCACCGACAACUGCACCCGGACGGCCCUGCCCCCCUCGGGGAUACACAUCUUUGCCUCUCAGCUUCACACGCACCUGGCGGGGAGAAAGGUGGUCACGGUGCUGGCCCGGGACGGCCGGGAGAGGGCCGUCGUGAACAGGGACAACCACUACAGCCCUCACUUCCAGGAGAUCCGCAUGCUGAAGAAGAUGGUGUCGGUGUACCCGGGGGACAUGCUCAUCACUUCCUGCACCUACAACACGGAGGACAGGACGCUGGCCACCGUGGGCGGCCUGGGCAUCCAGGAGGAGAUGUGCGUCAACUACGUGCACUACUACCCGCGGACGGAGCUGGAGCUCUGCAAGAGCGCAGUGGACCCCGGCUUCCUGCGGAAGUACUUCGGCAUGGUGGACAGUUUCCACAGUGAGGACACCUGCGCCUGCCCCCAGGCCUCGGGCCCCGAGCAGCUCUCGGCCCCCGAGCAGUUCCAGGCGGUGCCCUGGGACUCCUUCAGCCGGGACACGCUCCGGGCCCUGUACGGCGGCGCGCCCAUCUCCAUGCACUGCAACAAGUCCUCCGCCGUCCGCUUCCAGGGGGAGUGGGAGCUGCAGCCCCUGCCGAAAAUCGCCUCCCGGCUGGAGAAGCCCGCCCCUCGGUGCCCGGCCCGCCCCAGCGCGUGCCCCGCCCGCCCCACCGUGGUCGUCACGGGUGGGGGCAAAGGCUGAGCGGCAGGCUGCCCCCUCGCCGCCCCUCCGUGCCACCCCUGUGGGCUCGCACCAGCCCCUCCUGAGCGCCCCCCUGCUUGAGACCACGGCACAGACCCCAGCAUCCUCCCCUGCCCGGCCCGAGCGUUCCCCGAGAGCCCCCGCCCCGCCCCGCCCGGACUGGCCGGACCGAGACCCCCUCCUCAGCCCUCUGAGGAGGUGCCAGGACAACCCAGCGGGGCGGUCCGGAGCCCAGUGCCCCCAAUCCCCGCCCGUGUCUCUGCGGGCACCAGUGCUCCCUCCCGGGUGCGAGCCUCUGGGUGGACCGAGGGGCGGACUCCGCCCACCCGGCUGCACCCCAGGUCCGCGCCGCGCCGAUAGCGCGAGGGUCGGGUGCCGGUGCUGCCGAAACUCACCCCCACAGAGCGGCUUUCUCCUCCUGGUGGGCGGCCCCCCGCCCACGGAGGCAGGACCGCCACUUAGCUAGCGACUCGCCUCGGAAAUGGCUCCGUUGCAGGGUAAAUAGAUACUUUCGCCCACUCGGAGGGGAACCGUCCCAGCCAAGCGCCAGCCGCCACCGCAGACGCAACGGCAGAGACCCAGGCUCGGGCCUGGGCGCCAGCUCCCCAGGGAGAUGGGUGGGGGGGUCUCCCCAAGCCCCUCCCUGCUCUUCCUGGCCCCAGCACGCCUGCCUCUGAAGCAUGGGGGCCUCUUGGUGCGGGCGUGACUGCGAUGGCCCCUGUCGCCCCCCGCCCCUCGGUGUUCUCAUCUGUAAAAUGGGCAGAGGCUGUGCCAGUUCACAAGACAAUAAAGCU